CGGGCGCGACGAGCCAGACGGGACGGGAGUGAUUCCCUCCGCGGAGACAGAAGCUGGAGCUGUGACCGGGAACGUGCCGGAGCCGAGGCGGGCGGACCGCUGAGCGGAGGAGGACAGAGCCUUGUCUUUCCUCGUCUGCCAAGCCUGGAAGGGCAGUGCCGGGCUCGCGCCGCUCGCUGACCCAGGCUCCCAGAAGGGGCUGCCAUGGCCGGGAAGAGACAAGGGAAGCGGCAGCCCCUGCUGCUCCUGCUGUUCGUUGCUGUCGCCUUCAUCCAUCUGGCCGCCUGUCCCUACGCCAAGGUGGAAGAGAGCUUCAACUUGCAGGCCAUCCAUGACCUGCUCUAUCACCGCUGGGAUCUGGACAAGUACGAUCAUCAUGAGUUUCCUGGCGUCGUCCCAAGAACGUUUCUUGGGCCGAUCUUAAUCGCGGCCUUUUCCAGCCCUGCUGUCUAUGUGCUGUCCGUGCUGGAAAUGUCCAAGUUUUAUUCUCAGCUGAUAGUGAGAGGCAUUCUGGGGCUCAGCGUCAUCUGGGGCCUCUGGAAGCUGCAGAAGGAAGUGCGCCGGCACCUGGGAGCCACCGUGGCCACCGUCUUCUGCCUCAUCACCGCCUCCCAGUUCCACCUGAUGUUCUACUGCACGCGCACGCUGCCCAACGUGUUUGCGCUGCCCCCGGUCCUGCUGGCCCUCACGGCCUGGAUGCAGCAGAAGCGGGCGCGCUUCAUCUGGCUCUCGGCCUUCGCCAUCGUCGUCUUCCGGGCAGAGCUGAGCCUCUUCCUGGGCCUCAUGCUGCUGCUCACCUUGCUGAGUAAGAAGGUCACCCUCCUGAAGGUGCUGGGCCACGCCGUCCCCGCCGGCGCCGUCUGCUUGGGCCUGACGGUGGCCGUGGAUUCCAUGUUCUGGCGCCACGUUCUGUGGCCGGAGGGCCAGGUGCUGUGGUACAACACGGUUCUCAACAAAAGCUCGGACUGGGGCACCUCGCCCUUCCUCUGGUACUUCUACUCGGCCCUGCCCCGCGCCCUGGGCUGCAGCAUCUUCUUUGUCCCUCUGGGCGUCUGGGACCGCCGGACCCGCCUGCUGAUCCUGCCCGCGCUGGGCUUCAUCUUCCUCUUCUCCUUCCUGCCCCACAAGGAGCUGCGCUUCAUCAUGUACACCUUCCCCGUGCUGAACAUCGUGGCCGCCAAGGGCUGCGCCCGCAUGUUAAACAAUUACAAGAAGUCUUGGCUGUACAAGCUCGGCUCCCUGCUGGUCGUGGCCCACCUCCUGGUGAACGCCAUGUACUCGGCCACCUCGCUCUACGUCUCCCACUUUAACUACCCCGGAGGGGUGGCCAUCCAGAAGCUCCAUGAGUUGGUGCCCCCCAAAACAGAUGUGGCGCUCCAUAUUGACGUAGCUGCUGCGCAGACGGGCGUCUCCCGAUUUUUGGAGGUCAACGAUGACUGGAAGUAUGACAAAAGGGAAGGCCUGCAGCCCGGGACGGGGCCCAUGAUGUCCUACACGCACCUGCUGCUGGAGAUGGACCCGGCACAGCUGUCCCACUACAAGAACACCCACCGUGUGCUGGCCAACAUCGCCGGCACCACGGGCGUCAAGCUGAACCUCACCAAGCUACCUCCCUUUGACCUGAACUUGAAAACCAAGCUGGUGCUUUUGGAGAGACUGCUCAGGCCUUCCUGAGGGCGCGGGCCCGCAGCGCCCGGCCCUGCCCACCGCACCCCGGGGCCCUCCCUUCAGUGACGGCCGGACGGCACGGCCGACACCGCCUCUGAGCCCGGAGCGGCGCCCUCGGGCACGGGCCGCCUGCCCACAGACCCGCCACGAGACCCUCAGGAGAAGGUAGAGCAUCCGGCGGCGGGGUCUCGGGGCCCGCGCACUCCCCGGCCUCAGGGAUGUACCUUCCGUGGUCUCCAGGAGGGCCCAAGUGAGGGGGGCCUUUCCCCAGCCCCAGGCGUGGGGUGCUGAGGUGCUGUCAGCCCCGGGGGCGGGAGCGUCUGUCCUCGCGGUGUGGGACCUCACCAGGCCCGAGGGCGGACGUCAGCCGCCAGACUGGGCCGUGAAAGCGCUACUAUGCCAAAGUCCUAAGUAAAGGAAUCUUCCUA